AUGAUUCUGACGGCAUCAACACUAACAGCUUGCAAAGAUCCGUGCGAAUGCACCGCUAUACGCCUCGGAGGUGUGGACAUUCCUGAUUCGUCCUACCGGUCAGAAGAACCUCGCUAUCUUGAUAAGCUAAUCAUCAGUGAGGACCCCGCUGUAAUACAGACAUUCUACACUUGCAAAGAAUGCAACAGCACCUACCAUUUGGUGCCCUAUCGUCGCAAGUUUCCAUUCCCUGCCUUUCAUGACGCGUUCAUAUUGGACUUCUCCGUGCAGGCCCGCAAUGCCGCAAUGGUCGUCUUGUCCACGGACGGUACAAAGGCAGGCAAUCUGUACCAAAUGGUUCUUGGAAUCAGUGGGGGCACCGCUAUCAGACGUUGCACGGAGUGCAGAAAACUCCAUUUCGUGUCAUCUCCAGGCGUACUGAGCGAGCAGGAGAUGCGACGCUUCUGGCUGCGUUACGACAACGGCACCUUCGCCCUAGGCAAGCACCAGCAGGCAGCCUACUUCAAGUGGACCGACCCAGCACCCAAAGCUGCCCCGUUGUUCUAUGGCUUUGCCAGCUGGGACUGGCCCCAGACCUGGGCGGCACAUCAUGCCUGUCAUUAAGGCAUGCGGCAUUGGUAGAGGGUGGUGUGGGCGUUCCACGCCAACC